AUGCCUCUCAAAUUGAACAGAAAUAGAAUAUUGUUAGAUGCAGGAAAGGAAAUAAGAUUAUUUGUCCCCUCAGCCUCAAGAAAUAAAAAAAAAUCCGAAUCCCUUAAUUUCCCUCUUUUCCCCUUUCUCCUAACACAUCCCAUCCCAUCCCACCUCACUGCACCUCACAUCCCAUCCCACCUCACUGCACCCUGUGUCUCGGUUCCUUCUUCUCUUCUCUUCUCUCUCUGGUAUUUCUCCAGCCUACCAAAGUCCUUCUCCCUUCCCCCCUCUUCCAACACUUCACGCCCCGGCCCUCCCUACCUCGCCGAGUCUCUCUCUUUUCCCUUCUUUUCUCCUUUUCUCUUUUUUGGUAUUUCUUCAGCCCACCAUUAUCUUUCUGCCUUUUCCCUUUCUCUCUUCCAUCACUGUUGUUGUAGUCCUAGGUGGUCGCACGAUAGUUUAAAAAGGCAAUACGCAGAGCGAUAUAACUUCAGAAUUACAUAUGAGAACAAUGAGGGUGAACUCAAUAAAGUACAAGCUGAUAGGUACUCUUACAUUGAACUUCUGUCUGAUAUGUAUAAGCUAUUUAAUUUGAAUGUUGAUUUCAUAGCAAUUGUGGCAAGGAAUGGUCUUAGUGUUGAAAGUGAUGGAGACCUCACAGGUAUGUUUGAGUUGUAUAAGGAUAACUCUAUGGUUCCUUUAAGAAUCACAAGUCAGUUUGUGCCACCAAAUAUGAGGUGCCAUCUCAGGUAAGAAAAUCAAAUGUGAGGGUAAAGGGUCCAAGUAAUACAGAAGGUCAAAAGGAUGAUGUUCUUAAGAAGGGUAAGGCGAGGGUUUUGGAUUUACAGGUAAAGUGUAUAGGAGAGAUAGGGAAAGGAGUGUCCCUAUUAGAGGAAGGGGUGAGGAAAGGAGUGUCUCUGUUAGAGGAAGGGGUAGGGGAACUAGUAAUGUGGGCCAAAGAGGGCAUGUUAAUAUCUCACUAAAUGUGUCACCAAAUGUCACUGAUAGUGACACUGAUUCUAGUGCCAGUGUUGAAGAGGUGAGUGAAAAAGAAGAUUUUUGUCAGUGUCCUCAUAUUAGUUUUGAAACUGAUGAGGCAACUGAGAGGGAUAGUGAUAAAGAAGAUGGUAAUGAUGAUGAUGAACUGUUAGAUGUAUUUUGUAACGACCCGAAAAUCGGACCGCUACCGGCGCUAGGAUUCAGAUCGGCUUAAGGCCGCCGGGACCCAUAGCAAGCCUGACA